AGGACUUCUGGAGCUGGUCCGGGGUAAUCUUCAAACAGCAGCUCAGGAUGAUCUUCUAGUAGCUCAGGAUACUGAAGCUUGCACUGGCAAUGUUGCUCUGUCUUAUGGUGAAUAUCUUCAUGGCAUGCGGAAACUUCCUAUUGCAAAGGAAUUAUACCAGAAAGUGAUUCAGCAGUUGUCGGAGAGAGAUUUUAACGACCUGCAUAAUAUUGGGGCAUGUAACAUGUCAAAGGAUGAGGUUUACUUAGCAGCUACAUGUGCAUUAGGGCAGCUUGAGGCUCAUUUAGGAAAUUUUGGUGAUGCUGAGGAGAUUCUUACUGCAGCACUGAAGAAAGCAGAACAACAUUUUGGGUCCAAUCAUCCCAAAGUUGGUGUUAUUUUAACCUGCAUAGCUCUCAUGUAUCGCUUGAAAGCAACAACAGAAGGCUCAAGUUCUCUUCUAAUUCAAGAGUUCAUCCUGCAGGGACUUUAUAGAAAGGCAAUAGAACUGCUUAGAGCUCCACCAUUGGACAGUGAUGGCGCUGAAGGAAAAGUAUAUAGAAGGGAAAUGGUUGCCCUUGCCAGAGGUGGCUAUGCAGAAAUACUGUGUGUUCAACAGAACAGAAAAGCAGAAGGCGAAAAAAUGAGGCGCUGGCAGAAGCUGUAUGGAAAAAUCGCAGGCUUUCACUAGCUGAGGUGCUAGACAUAUCUGAGAAUUCUACCAAACGUACCUGUUAUAGAUGCUAGAAUAUGCAGGUCUGUAUAAUUUUCCCAAGAGAUAGCUGAUUUUGCUGUCAGAAAUUUGAAAUUUGUAGUGACAACGCUAAGGGUGUAACAAUUUCUAAUUUGCGCACCUUAUGUAACUAACUUAUCCACAUGUUUUUGCAGAGGUCUGUAGUGACUGAAUAAUAUUGUACAAGCUUUCCCAGAUGCUGUUAAGA